AUGGCAUCUGCAGUUGAUUCAAGCACGAUCUUCCGGGUUGACGGCAUUGUGGCUGUCAUUACCGGAGGAGGCAGUGGUAUUGGACUCACUAUGUCAAGGGCUCUUGCCACCAAUGGUGCGCAUAAGGUCUAUAUUCUGGGUCGCCGCAUGGACGUACUGGAAAAGACCGCCGCGGAAUAUCCUAGCAUAGUUCCAGUGCAAGCUGAUGUGACAUCCAAGGCUGACCUUCAGGCCGCUGUGGAUCUCAUCAAGGAGGAAGUUGGCUAUGUCAACCUCGUCGUCGCCAAUUCGGGCAGCAUCGGCCCCCCGGUGCGCUUUAGUCCCACUGCUUCGAUUUUCGAGCUGCGCGAGACUCUUUUUACCAACUUUGUUCCAGAGGAAAUGAAUGACGCCCUGGCUCUAAACGUUACCGCGGCCUUCUUUACCAUGAUGGCUUUCCUAGAGUUGCUCGACGCUGGUACCCAGAACGCCCUGAAGGGCGGCUUUGGCAAGCCGGCCAAAGAAGGCUCCCAUGUUCCAUCGAUCCAGAGUCAGAUCAUCUUCACGACCAGUGUUUCGGCAUUUAGUCGACACUGGUCAUCGUCACCUCCCUAUUUGACCAGCAAGGUCGCUAUCAUGCAGGUAUCCAAACAUGCCAGUACCCAAUUGGCCAGAUUUGGCAUUCGUGUCAACGCCAUUGCUCCGGGAGUCUAUCCCUCCGAACUGGCUUCCGCCCUCAUCGGGAAUCGUAAGCCUGAAGAGGAGGCAUUUGAGGACCAGCGAUUCAUCCCCGCCAGACGGUUUGGUGGCGAUGAGGAGAUGGCUGGUGCUAUUCUGUAUCUGACUAGCCGUGCUGGAAGCUACUCCAAUGGCUCCGUUCUCCUCACUGAUGGUGGUCGACUGUCUGUGAUGACAGGCACAUACUAG